AUGGAGCCAUCACCAGUUCAGCAUGGCCAGUUUGGCAUUUUGGCGCCGGGCCUCGCAAUGCCAGAAGCCAUUACGAUUGAGACGGGCGAGUCUCUCGUCGGGCCCGCCGGAUUCAUCCCCAUCGACGGCACUACCACCCCCGGAUGGAGGCCGCACGGCAGUCUUUUGAGCACAAAAUGGGUUCUCGACCCCCCAAACCUCGAUGAGUGGCGGCAGAAGCUGUUUGACGCAGAUGGUCUCAUCAUUCUCACUCAUGAGCAGUCCGUUUUACCCCUCUUCCGGCUGCAGCAGCAGCACUACAACGUCUACUCCCACCGCUCGACCCAAAACUACAAGAAGAAGCCCUUCAUCUCCCACUACUGGGACUGCCGCCUCAAGGGCCGCCCGCCGGGCACCAAAAAGUCCGACGACCCAACCAAGAAGCGCCGCAACCGCGUCUCGCGCAAGCUCAACCUGUGCAACGUCAAGAUCAAAAUCACAGAGUACUUCCCGGGCGCCACUCUCCACGACGUCGACGACGGCACCUACGUGCCCCUGAACGGCGGCCAGGCGCUCAACGGGGCGCACACCGUGCUCGCGCCGCCCGGCGAGAGGGAGCUGAGGGUCGCGCCCGCUACGCCGAAUAACCUGCCCGCGCCGGGGCAGAAGUUUUGGACAAUUCAGCGGGUGAAUGGCCACAUUAGCGUCAGCGGAAUUCCCGGCCCGCAUCAGCAUACCCUAGCCAAGAGCGACGAGGUCAAGAAGAAUAGUAUACAGCGGUAUCUUGCCAAGCACAAGACCGAUGCCGCCAAGAAUGAUGGGCCUAGAAAGGCAACGGGCCGAGCUCACUGGACCAUCAAGAAGCAUGAGAAGGAGAGCGAUCUGAAGCUGUACUCGGCAUGUUACUGCCCCUUUUCUCAAAGCGUCUGGAUCGCUCUCGAAGCGAAGGGGCUGGCGUACCAGUACUGCGAAGAAGACCCCUACAAGGUGGCCGCCUCGCAACCGCUGCUGGAAGCGAAUCCCAGGGGAACCGUUCCCGCGAUACGGCAGGGCGACUGGGCUUGUGCCGACAGCGGUGUGAUAUUGGAAUAUCUCGAAGAUAUGGACAGUACCAUUCCACUCUUCCCGACGGACGUAAAGCUCCGCGCAAAUUGUCGACAAUGGAUCAGCCACAUAAAUACCCGCCUCGCCCCAGCAUUCUACCGCCUCCUCCGCAGUCCAGACCCAACGUUACGACCGCAGUACAUUGAGCGCCUCCAAAACGCAAUCAAGGACCUCGUCCUCGCCGCCGACGAGCAGGGGCCCUUUUUUCUAGGCAACACAAUGUCCCUCGUCGACGUCCACUUUGCGCCCUUUGCCGUCCGUCUCUCGCGCGUUCUGCAGCCGCUGUGCGGGUGGCCGGCGCCCGCGCCGGGCUUGCGCUGGGCGAAAUGGCUCGACGCGCUCGAGAGUAACGUGCAUGUACAGGCUACGACGAGCGGCAAGGCUGUGUAUGCCGAGACUGCGGAGUUUUUGCAGGUGGCUCUUGAUCCCGAUGGGCAGCUGAGUAUUUGA